UUCUGACUGUCUGAGGUGUUCUGGAGUUCUCUGAGAAUUCUAGAAUUCCGGACUAGAUUCUAGAAUGGUUCUGCAGAAAGACAGUAGUUACUGAUAUGAAACAUCUGUUCACUCGAAUACAAUAACUUCUCUUGGUUUGAUCUGGGUGUAUUUUCUGAUUGGUAUAGUUUAAAGACUGUUUUGAGAUUGGCUAUAUAUUUCUUCAGUUACAGUAGAGGUCUUAGACAGUGUCUGUCUGAAGUUAGUUGUAAGAUUCUUCUAGUGAGAUGGAUGUUUGAGUCGUUGCUUGGAGAAUAUAUCUUGGCUGGUCUGUCUGGUGUAGCCGUGUCCGUUUGUCCGUCUGUCUGAAGGUCAGGUUACGGUCAGUCGGUAUUAAUACUUGUUGAAUGGAUCACAUGUCUCCGUUAUCGUUUCUCUAUUGGCUAUCAGAGCGUUACGUGGCGUGACGUUACGCCCGUGUUAGGCCAUUGCCCAAGGUUCUUAAAGCGCAGGCCAGGGAUUGGCUGAGUCUUGUUUGCCGUUGCUGUGACCCGACCAGCUCCAUGGCCAGGCUACACCUGACGGUGGUGGUUUAAGGACCUGGUGCUGCCGCCGCGGCCGGCGGAGACUGACCUGGAAUCGAAAAUGAACUGGGGGUCCUUUUACGCCGUAAUCAGCGGCGUAAACAGGCAUUCCACCGGCAUCGGCCGCAUCUGGCUGUCUGUCAUCUUCAUCUUCAGAAUCCUGGUCCUCGUGGUGGCGGCCGAGUCGGUCUGGGGCGACGAGAAGUCUGGCUUCACCUGCAACACCCAGCAGCCCGGCUGCAACUCCGUCUGCUAUGACCAGUUCUUUCCCAUCUCACACAUCCGCCUGUGGGCCUUGCAGCUCAUCCUGGUGUCCACGCCUGCUCUCCUAGUGGCCAUGCAUGUAGCCCAUCGCAGACACAUCAACAAGAAGAUCCUGAAGAAGUCCGGGCGCGCUUCCCCUAAGGAGUUGGAACAAAUCAAGUAUCAGAGGUUUGCGAUCGCAGGCGCCCUUUGGUGGACCUAUAUGAUCAGUGUGCUGUUUAGGAUCGUUCUGGAAAUCGGCUUCCUUUAUAUAUUCUACUUGAUCUACCCUGACUUCAAGAUGUUCCGUCUGGUCAAGUGUGACUCGUACCCCUGCCCCAACACUGUGGACUGCUUCGUGUCGCGACCCACGGAGAAAACCAUCUUCACCGUGUUCAUGCUCUCCGUGUCGGGGGUGUGUGUUCUCCUCAACCUGGCCGAGGUGGCCUACCUGAUUGGCAGAGCCUGUCUGAGGUGUAUCCAUGGUAACCAGGACAAGAAUAAGGUAGCAGGGAUUGGUCAGAAACUGUCCUCCUACAAACAGAAUGAAGUCAACCAGAUGAUCGCUGACCAGUCGAAGUUCAAGUUCAACGUGGGAGCUAGGAAGACCUCUAUGGAGAAGGGAGAGAGGUGUUCUGCUUUCUGAUAGGCUGCCCUGGAAGGGAGAGAGGUGCUCUGCUUUCUGAUAGGCUGCCCUGGAAGGGAGAGAGGUGCUCGGCUUUCUGAUAGGCUGCCCUGGAAGGGAGAGAGGUGCUCUGCUUUCUGAUAGGCUGCCCUGGAAGGGAGAGAGGUGCUCGGCUUUCUGAUAGGCUGCCCUGGAAGGGAGAGAGGUGUUCUGAUUUGCUGCCUAUUGCUGCCUAUGGAGAUGGGAAAGCAGGGCUCUGCUUUCUGAUACGCUGUCUAGUCCUAGUUCCCACAAAUGUUCACUGCUUCAAACUAAUGAACUGUAACCAGCAUGUAACCAUACCGGAUAGAAAUCCUCAACAGCUCCAUCUAGUAAUAACAUCAAUCAUUCACUCAUUUAUUUCUUCAUCUAUUUAUUGUAGUGGCUGGUGCUAUAGGUUCGCAACAUUCCUAACGGUGGUAGGAUAUAGAGAAGAAUAAACAAGCCCAGACAAACUCAACGCUGGAUUGGAGAGAGAACUUGAACUUGUUUCAUGGUGAUCGACACAGUCACUGUUUUGUCUCACAACCUUGGGGCAGGAAGUAGUGGAUAAAGGAACAUUUGUUUCAGCACAUGACUUGACAAACCCAUUGUAUUGGAACUCACUAAGUCUCCU